CAGUAUAAAUAGUCGCAACUCCUCUCUUCAUUUCUUCAUUCAGUAAGUAUUUUCUCAGUGAUCACCUUCUUCGAUCUCGAUCUCAGUCAUCAUAUUCUAAGAUCUUCUUCUUCAGUUAAUUCAUCUUCUUCCAUCCAUGGCUUCCGUCCAGGUUGAAACAGCUCCAAUAGAGGUGGUGAACACCCAUGUAACUGAAGCACCAGUAGUGGUUGAAGAACCUUCAGUUGCAGUUACUCAUGAAGAAGUUAUUUCAAAACCAUCAGAAGAAGAAACAACUUUACUAACUGAAGCUUCUCCAGUCGAGGUUGAAAAGGUGCCAGAGGAAGUUGAAGCUGUUCCUUCCCAUGUUGAAUCAACAGAAACAAAUGAUGAACCAAUCAUCACUACUACUACUGAGCGCGAAAUUGAAGUAGAAGAACCAAAAUCAGCAGCACCGCAAGAACAAGUAGAGAAGGAAAACAUUGAACCUUCUGCAACUGAAGAAGUUACAAUUGUAGAAAAACUAGAAGCAGAAUCAGUCGCUGCUGACACCGAAGUCCUAAAAGAAAGACAACUAGAUACCGCGGAGGAAGUAGUAGAAGAGCAAGUGAUCCCAGCUGCUGAAGAAGUUGUAGCUGCUACAACCACUGACGCUGUUUCAAUAGAAAAUCCCGUUGUUGAAGCAGAAGCCACCGUAACUUCAGACGUCGAUGAUGCUGCAAUAGCAGAAGAGCCAAUUGUUGCUGCUUCCACUCCGGAAGCUAUUGAAGAUGAAGUUGUAGUAGAAGAGCCGGUUGCCACUCCCACUCCUGCAGUUGUUGAAGAAGAAAUCGUCGCUUCUGACACAACUGAUGCAGUUGUAGUAGAAGAGCCACCAGUUAUCGUAGCAGCCACCACUCGAGAUGUUGAUCAAGAAGAAAUCACAACUCAUGCCACCAGCAUUGAUGCAGCAGUAGUAGAAGAAACUGUUGAUGUUGCAGCUUCCACUCCAGAAGUUGUCGAAGAAGAGACUGUAAAAUCAGUUACCGAUGAUGCAGUAGUAGUAGAAGAGCCAAUUGUUGUAGCUGCAACUACCCGAGAUGUUGAGCAAGAGGACGUCGCAGUUGUUGCUGCGACUACUGAUGCAGUAGUAGUAGAAGAGCCAGUUAUUGCCGUAACUCCAGGUCCGGAGGCUGUUGAAGAGGAGAUUGUACCUUCUCCCGUCGUUGACGAAGUAGUAGGAGAAGAGCCAACUGUAGUUGUUGCAACUUCUCGAGAAGUUGAUCAAGAAGAAUCUGUAGUUUCUUUCGAUGAUGCAGUAGUAGUAGACGAGCCAGUUGCUGUUGUUUCUGCUCCCGCACAUAUUGAAGAAGAAACCAUAACUUCUGCUGCCGUUGAAGAACCUAAAGUAACCCAAGAAGAAGAGAAUGUUGAGGAGAAGAAGGUCGAAGAAGAGCCAGCUGUAGUUGCUGCCGCUUCUACAGAUGCAGUUGUAGAAGACGAGCCCGUUGUUGUUGUUUCUGCACCCGCACACAUUGAGGAAGAUAUCAAAACUUCAGUUGCCGUUGAAGAACCAAAAGUAGCCUAAGAAGAAGAGAAAGUUGAGGAGAAGAAGGUUGAAGAAGAGAAAGCCAUUGCUAUUUGAUCAACAUGUUUUCUGCGAAGUAUGAGGAUGGUGUUUGAUUCAGAGAUUUGGUCAUUACUAUUGGGGUUAUUAAUUUUAGUAUUAAGAAUGAUCCGUUAAGGGUUUGAGGCAGUUUAUCUAUUUUUCUUUCUUUUGAAUUUAAUUCAUAAUCGGCGUUAUUGUUAUCUCUAGUAUUUGAUUAAUUAUUUGGUAUUGAAAUAUGUGGUGUCAUUUGAUGAUAUAAAUUAAUGUUCUCUAGUGAUGAAAGAGUCCCUAGAA